AUGAUAUGGCCUAUUAUUGAUGGACUGUAUUUAGCUCAAUAUUCAGUAGUCUAUGGUUCAGAAAGAAAACAAACUUUCGAAAAACAUAAUGUGAGUUUUUUUUAAAUUAUUUGCUAAAUAGAAAAUUCCGAAAUUCAGAUCAAAAGAGUGUUGACCGUGACAGAUGCCGCAAUAUCAGAGGAAGUUCGAGUAAAAGGAGUGGAAUACAUAUUUUUCGAAAUGUUUGAUAUUGAUAGCCAAGAGAUUUUGGGAAACGGUUUAUUGGAGAAAUGUGUGAAACUUGUGAAAGAAUCGAUAGAGAAAAAGGAGAACAUACUGGUUCACUGGUAAAUUGUUUUUGAAUUUGAUUUUUUGAUCAAAGACUGGUUUUAAAAAUCCAAUUUUUUAUAGUUUGGUCGCAGUAUCUCGCAGUGUCACAAUUUGCCUGGCUUAUCUCAUGUUUAAAAAUCAAUGGUCUCUGCAAAAAUCGUUAAAAUAUAUGAAAGAAAUUCGACCAGCCAUCAGGUGAUUUUUUCUUCAAUGAAUAAAUUUCAAUAACACAUUUUAUGCCUUCAAGUCCAAGCAACGGCUUUCUCGAGCAGCUGAAAAUCUUCGAAAAAUCAAACUUCAACUUGAAUCAUGAAUUGUAUACAUCUGUGAGACUUGAGAUUCCCAAUUCGGAUCAAGUUUUAUAUCGACAUCCAGUUGAACAGAAUACAAAUGUUUUGAGAUACAAGUGAGUUUUAUUAUCAAAGUGGUGACAGUUUAAAAUUAAAAAAAAAGUAUUUUAGGUGCCAAAAAUGCCGGAAAAUCCUUUUCAAUAUCUCAAACAUAAAACAUGGUGAAGAAAAUUGUCAGAAAAUUAUAAUUGAACCAAUGAAUUGGCUGAACUUAUCGGACACGAGUUGCACGGUAUUUUUUUUUUUGAAAGUUAAUAAAUUCCACGAUGGAUAAAAUAAGUUUUUAGAUCACUCAUACAUGUGGAGCAAAAUUGGGAAAUUUUGUUUUUAGUGGUUCAAACUGCCCAACCUGCAGAACUUUUGGUGAGUUUUUUUUCUUUGAAUAUUUUCUUUUAAAAAUUAAUUGAAAACAUUUAGAAUCCCCAUAUAUUUGCAUUGAUAAAUCGAACAUCGAUAGAGUUCUUCCGAUUCAAUGA